CGCGACGCAACGCCUUAAUGUCAAUAGCCUCAACAACAACAAUUGCAAUAAUAAUAUUACGCAUAGUGGCAGUGUUGGUAGUAAUAACAGCAACAACAACAACAAAAGUCACCACAAAAUGAGUGCAAGUGUAAAUAGUGUUUGCAACACCAGCAAUAUUCUCAAUAGCAAUACAAAUAGUAUCAGCAACAACAGCAACAGUGGCAUGGAAUUGCCACACAAUAAAAAUAAUGCAAAUUUACAAAACAACAACAACAGCAAUAGCAAAACUAACACAUGUAAUAUGAGUAAUAAUAACAAUAACAGUAACGGUAGUGCUGGCGCUACGCUGAAAAAUGUCAAUAACGCAACAACAAUGGCGCCAACAACAGCAACAACAACAAACACAAAUAGUAACAAAAACAACAACAGUGGUGGUAGUACCAACGGCAGCGGUAAAAGUUCGCCGGCUAACAGCAUUGGCGGUGGCUCGACGAAUGCCACCCUCCACGCCAACAACAAUAGCAACAAUAAUAACAUCAUUAACAACAACAACACCACUAGUAUUGUUGGUAAUAGCAGUACGUCGACCAGUCUUUUGCUGCGCAAACAAUUUAUUGCCUCAUCGGACGCCAGCAAUGCGAGCUUCAGUUCCGCUUCGGUCGCCGGUUCAAUACAGGAUGACAUGAGCGAUCAGUGCAGCCUCACACAAGCCGGCCUCGAGGAGUACAACAUACGCGCCUCAUCCUAUUACGAUCAGCCAGCCAUGUUGUUCCAUCAUCAGAAGCAAUCGUCGUAUGCACAAUCGGAGGGGUAUCACAGUUAUGUCUCCAGUUCGGAUUCCAGCUCGGCCACACCAUUCCUGGACAGAUUACGUCAGGAGAGCGAAAUGUUGUCACGCCAAUCCUCCCACCAUUGGUCGCAGAAUGACUUGUCCUCUGUGUCAUGCGCUUCGAUGGCGCCUUCACCAACACCGCUGCUGCUCUCCACACUCGGUCGUGACGCGACGCUUUCGGGUAGCGGCAGCAGCAAUAACAGCGUCGGCAAUCAGCAACAGCAUAAUAAUAAUAGUUCGGAGAGCACUUCAUCGACUGAGACACUGAAGUGGUUGGGUUCCAUGAGUGAUGUGUCCGAGGCCAGUCAUGCCACUGGCUACUCUGCCAUUUCAGAAUCAGUUUCCUCGUCACAGCUGAUUGUGCAUAGUUCGCGCGUUCUAACCCCGAAACGGCAUCACAGCGAAAGCGUGCUCUAUCUGCAUGACGAGCACCAGCAACAACAGCAGCACUCACCACCGCCCGCAACGCAACCACAGCAACAGCAUUCACCAAACGCGCACGUGUCCAGCGCAAAACAGAUCAGUCCAACGCUGUCCGCGCGUGAAGGCAGACAUUCACCUACGCGACUGAUGCCACAAACCGCCGCGGCGCUGUUGCCCAAUCAUCGACACAGCCCUAGUUACCCGCCUGUACACGCCACCGCCGCCAUGCAUCCCUAUCAGCCACACCCACAAUACGCGCUGCGUCAGCAACCACAAUCGCUGUCACAUAAACUAGUUAGCGCGCUACCGCAUAUGGAUGGCGCGUCACAAAGUUCCUUGAACGCAAGCGGCGGCGCCGACAGCUGUAGUAUAGGCAGUUCAUCACACAACUCGAAAGCGUCGCCAACAUUGCAAGCGCAGAUGUCAACAGCGCAAGGCGCUGGUGAAGCGUCACAAUCGUCGGCCGUCACAACAACACCAAACUCAAGCACAUCUGUGAAAAUGUCGUCAGCGGCAGACUUGGAGCCACACUUAGCGCCCGGGUUACAGAAACCUGCGUUAGCGCCAAAGCUGGCCAACAGCAAUGCGAUUAUAGAAGUGAUGGCAGUUAGUGGCUCAGGCACGCAUUCACCAGGCAGCGCCAACGCGCAGCUCAACGCGUCCACCACUUCCUUAGCGUCCGCGGUGUCGGCAGCAGCCGCCUUGCCAACACAAUCCUAUCGCAGCAAUCAUCGUCUCUUCCCUGUGAGCACAUACACGGAAAAAGUACACAGUAACACCUCGCAAUUUGUGCUGCAUCCCAAACCGCAGUACAGCGCUGGCCUGAAGAAACCCGCGCAGCAACAGCAGCAGGCACAGAAGCAGGCGCUACAGCUGCCGCUGUCCGCAGCGCAAGCGGCAAAGUUUAAGUCAUCGCCCAACAGUCCACCACAGCCUAGCUGGCAAACUGUUGCUGAGCUCAUAAACGAUUUCGAGCGCACCAACAACGAGCCGCAGCCACAGAAGUACACUUAUAUGGACCCGGCUAAGACACAACGUGUCUCCAAUCCAGCGCUGAAGGCCUUCCAGAAGAAUGCCGUGCAGUCGUACUUCGAACGCCAACAACAACAACAGCAACAGAAUGCCAAAGAACAAGGUCCGAUGCAAAAAACUUACCAACCACUUAGCGCGCAUACACAGCAGCAAACGCCAAUGCAACAGCAGCAGGCACAACAGCAUUCGCCGUCACAAACAUCGCUACAUUCAAGCGCAACAGCAGCGCAUCAACAACUUUUACGUCCGCAUUCCUAUCAGUCAAACAUGAAAGAGACUGCCGCGCAGCAUCAAAUCAUGCGCAGUUCACUGCCAAACUCCUAUGGUGCGCAGCAGCAUCACUUAAGUGGCCAACAGCAGCUGGCAUUGGCGCAGCAACAUUUGCCAGCGCGUCAGUACGCGCCACCGCCGCCACCACCACCGCAGAAACCGACAAGUAUAAGUCACGGUAGUCAGGAAGAACGCGCCAUGGGUGCAGCUAAUAGCUACAGCGCGUUGCCAACAAAACCGCCUUCACCGGCGCCACCACCACCACCGCCGCGCUCACGCUCACUCAUGCCACAUACACUGCUGCGGCGCUCAUCUUCCGCCUCUGAUUAUGCGGAGUUUCGCGAUCAAUACACACGCGCUUCUCAAGAGAAGCUGGUCGCGCAAUCUGUUAAGAACAUUUCCAAUUCUGAAAAGUCUUCCUUUAAUGACUGCGGCAUGCCACCGCCGCCACCACCGCCACGUGGAGCGCGUCCCACAAAUAUAUUACCGACACGUCGCACAUCCUCUGCCGCAGAGUAUGCGGCCGCCAUGCGUGAGAAGGCGUUGCUACAACAAGCCGCUGCCUUAGCACACCAACAGCAUCAUCCACAUCAACACGCGCACGCCGCGAAUUAUGCGCCACAAUACUACCAACCACCACAACCGCUAGCGGCAUGCAACAUUGAACCUGGUUGGGUGCCCGAACGACCGCCAAAGAAUCCAAAUCUGCGCGUACCUUCACCGGACUUGCCACCAUUACCACCUAGCGCGGACUUGGACACGCAACUUGCCGACGAACCGUUGCCGCCGCCACCGCCCGAACUAUUGCAGCAGCAACAACGCCAACAACAGCAAUACUACGAUAUGAACGCCUCAUUCAAUACAAGCGCUGACUUGCUGCCAAAAGCGCCUUCACCAAACCGUCGCAACAGCUUUGCUGGCUCCUCGACGCGCAAGGCGUACUUCAAUCGCAGCGGCUCAGAGAUGUUGUCCGCCACGAAAGUGCCACCGCUCAUACCGAAGAAGCCGAGCAACAUUGAAACGCUACAUGCGGUGCGACAGCAUCAACAGCAGCAACACGCACAACAGCUGACGGCUAAACUGUUGCUGAAUGGUGGCAUGCCACAACCGCAACAGCAUUCACCAACAGCGCCGCCACCGCAAACGUUGUCUGCAAUGGCGAAUGCAACGCGCGAUGCCAAAUUGUCAUCAGUCAACCGCAAGCGACCGCAUAAUCCCGCAGUGAGCGGUUUUACAGUGCCGCCGCCAAUUAUGGAAAAUGUGCCACAGCAGCCACAACAGCAGUUAAGCAGCAGCAAGUCACCCCCGAACACAAACGCUACACUGAAGUCUUCGCCACCGCCGCCGCCCUUGAUGCCGCGCAGCAUGCCGCAUCAGACAUUAAUGAAUAACGGAGGCAGCAACAACAUUAAAGCAAGAUGCAACUCGAAGGCCUCGUAUUUGCCACGCCAAAGUCUCGAGAAGUUGAACAACUUAGAUCCGGAUCAUGGCAGUUAUAAGCUCACGCUCACCUCAAACGAGGAUUUGGUGGCGAAUACAAAACCCGCCGCCUACGAUAUACUCAAUACACAUAAUGGUAAAAUGCCAAAUAAUUUGCCAGAUGUGCUGCCAUUGGGCGCGAAGUUACAGCCACAGCCUGCAUCUCCCACAUCCGCCAAUGCUUCGCCGUUACGCUAUGGUUCCAACAAUAACUUGAAUACAACAACUGUGUCGACGUCGUCGCAGCAACAGCAGCAGCAACAACCGAUGUCUCCUAAUUGCUACCCCGCAUAUCCUCCUACACAGCACCGCUACUCGACGCCAGCGACCAUGAAUAGCUACAACAGCAACAAUAUGGAGAACACUGCCGGCAAGGCAACUAAUUACAGUCGAUCUCAGUCAUAUGACACACAUAAUAACUCGCACAGUGGUAAUCUCUAUCAUCCCAGUCACGCUACCAAUAGUCCCACAAAGUUUAUGUCACAAUCCACUAUGGAUUUAAAGCGCACACAACAACUGGAGCCGACGCUCGAAGAGACCACCGCCGCCUUGCUCAACGAGAGUGGCACAGUGUUGUCGCCUGCGCAAUCGGAAAGUAGCCUAAGUAGUCCAUGUAAACGUCAGCUGCAACCGUUGUCCAUGAAACCGCUCUCGAGCCUCGGUAACUCCAGUGAUAGUGGCAGUGGCAGUACGAGUGGCAGCGAGGGUCGCAUUUUUCGUGCUGAAGUCGUCACGGCUACGCUGUCAACAUCACCGAUUGCGCCUAUUAAAUCCGUUAUACGUAAGGAUUCGCUACGCGAAAACAUCGAAAAGAUAACGCAGCUGCAGUCGAAACUGAUGUCGGCACAUCAGUCAGAAACUAGUUUGAUAGGCAUUUAUGGUUCGAAAACAACGCUUAAUACAACGACAUCUGUGCCGACCACACCCACAACGAAGACCGAAAAUACACACGCACAACUGACAACUGAUAGUACCGUGAAGCAGGCUAGUGAUAUUUGUGUGGAACUGACGCAAGAACAAAACGACAAUAUCUGUAACAAGAAUAUGGAAAAUAGCGCAGUGGACUCGAACAGCCCACAGCCGCCAAAAUCGCCUACAAAUACAGCAUCCACGCCAACCUCGCCAACAGCAAACGCUUCACUACCUCAACCAGCCACUACCGUCGCCAGCACAAAUACCGCAAGUGAGGAUCUCAGUGCAACACAAACCGCCGAGCUGAAUACCAGCACCGAGAGCUUAAAACUCGUGCAACGCAGCGAAGUCAUACUACGCGUAAAUCCCGCCACCACGGAGGCAGCUUCACAAACCGACGACGAACUGAUCGCCGCAAACAACGAUGCCGACGAACAUACACGACUCACAGAACAACCACAAAGCAAGGAGGAUGUACAGCAACAGCGCAUAACAUUACAGCCGCGUCAACGGCAUCCGAUCGAGAUUGAUUGUGAGGAAAUGUCACAGGAAUUGGCAGCACUCUUGGCCACAAAUGAGAAGUUGGUGCGGAUUUUAGCGCCGCCCACACACAAAUCACCCACAGACUAUGUUAGUAACUUAUACAAUCCGAAUGUGCCAUUGCGACCGGCUAAACGAGAUGUAGGCACUUCAACGCUGCUGCGCAUGAAGGGACAUGAUGCACAGGAAAAGCUCACCGUUGAGCUACAAUAUGCCGAAGUGGAAGUACUAUUGACCAACGGCGAUAGUGAAUCGGAGACGAGCGAUUUGCUAAAGGCGAAAGUGGAUGAACUUAUGAAACAGUUAAAUCGCAAAAUACGCAUACUUAAUAAGGAACAAACGACACUUAAGGCGGAGGCUGAACACAACGAUGAAUUGGGCAACAGUCUAGUCGGCAAGCUAACGGAUAAGGUGCGGCCAAUCGAAGCAACUAAAUGUCGCACCUAUAUCGAUGAUGUUGGGCAGAUUACCAGUUUGCUGCUUUCGCUCUCCGAACGAUUAGCGCGCAUAGAGAAUAGUUUGAGCACCGUUUCAGCUGAGAAUAGCGCCGAAAAGAAAUCACUCGAGUUAAAACGCGAUCGCCUGCUCGAUCAGUUGGCCGAAGCGAAGCGUCUUAAGGAGGACAUUGAUCGACGUGGUAGCAGCGUGGUUAAUAUCGUCGAGAAAACACUCAGCGCCGAUGAUUUUGCCGAUUUCGAUUAUUUCAUCAAUAUGAAGGCGAAAUUAAUAGCGGAUACGCGCGACGUCGCCGACAAGAUCAAAUGUGGCGAAGAACAACUGAAUGCGCUCAGCGAAGCGCUCAUACAAAGUGAUUGUUAAAGUAGUGAAAACUUUGCGGCCGCAAGCAAAGCUCUAAAUAAGGCGUUUUACUAAAACUAUAUUUGUGUUUUUGUUGAAGAAACAAAGUAGAAAUGAUCGAGAAUAGCGCAACUGCAGCUCAGGUCCAGGUCAGGUAAUGACUUUUAGAUAGCUAGAUACAUAGAUAUGUGUUUGUAAUUAGGGUAUUUUGGCUGAGUAAGCGGAUUUUCCAUGCCUUCAACGGCAACAAGUUGAAAGUUUUGUGUGAGAAUCGUUAAGAAAAUGGCGGACAAAUGACGAGCGCAAUUGAACUGAGCCGGCUUUCAUCGAAGUCUAGUUUGAUCAUUGUAGUGUAGAGUAGCGGAGCGCCCAUACACAUUUGGGUGCUCUCCACUUAGUUUCUUUUGUGUAGAAGGGUAGAGCCUGUAAAUUGUAAAGAUUUGUUUUUCAAAACGCCGCAAACAGGGUGCUACGCUUUAAAUAAAUUAUAUACCGUUAUUAUGUAAAACUUAGUUGCUAGUACUUAGAAAUGUAUUAAAAUUAUGGCAUUGGAAAACCAUUGAAAUAACACAGAGAGAACUUUUAAGCUUUGAAGAGCAAAGCAAACGGAUAUUUUGAAAGGCAUUAUUAAGCCAACUUGGCAUAAUUGCUGAAUGCAGUUACUAUUUAAAAUUCAAUUACUUUAAUUUGUAGAAUUUAUAAUACAUACACACACACUUAAUUGUAUAAUAUGUGAUUUAAAAGUACGAUUUUAUUUUAAUUAGUCCUUAUCACUAUGCGCAGGGUUUACGCUGUGAACUCCACUUUGUGCGCUUGAGCUGACGUUAACUCAAAAGCAAUGCGACAACGAAAAAUGUUUUAAACUUAGACAACUCUGGCGACUUAGCCUUCAAACCGCGCAUUAAAACCGUGUAUUGUGGAGAGAAGAUUCGCGAUUCUUAAUUAUUUACUCAAGUGUCUGUAAACUGCGUCCUAUUUUAGAUUUGAUUAGCUUAAGUUUAUGCACUGGCAUUGGAGCAAAACUGUACUAUAAAUAAAUUUUAAUUAAACUCAAACUACAGCUCCACAGCUGAAAUACAAUAACAAUGCAACAACAAUAUACUAUAUAAUAUAUAUAAGAAAUGUAAAUGUUAUUAAAGAAAUGGAAGAAAGCAACAAAAAAAGAAAACAAUUUAAAUGAAAUUUGCAUUAAAAAUUUCUAUUACCCAAAUGUACAUAUAUUUCGCAAAAUGCAGCAGGUAUGCGCAUGUAAUGAUUUGUGUACUUAUGUCGCUGCAAUUUUAACGGGUUUGUGAAGUAUUUGUUGCAAAUUGAGCCACUUUAAUUUUAUGUAUGCUUAUGAUAAGAAUUAUAAAUAAAGAAAUACUUCAAACUUA